AUGGGUCCCUUCAACACCAUCGCUCUGUUCUCUUUCCUCACCAGUGCUGUUGUGGCAUUCCCCCAGCAGACAGCCCCAGCUGUAACAAGCCCGCCUGCCUCGACAAUCACCAAGGCUGCGUCGCUCAGCUGCUCGGACGGCUCCACUGCGGUGUACACGGUCGAUUGCACCAUGGGAUUCCCCGUCUCGUACUGCAGCAAGCCAGAGCCCCCAAUUUCGUGCUCAUCGGGUUUCUUCCCAUCGGUCUACCACCCAGGUCAUUGCAUUGAAGCCUCAACCUGUUUCCCCGUCGAUGCGGAUUGGAUCACGACCGGGUGCAGCAAUGGCGCGUUCCCUUACACCACCAAGACCAUGUACGAUGGAACCUUGGCUGGAGGGGUGUCGACCAUCAUCAGUGCGGUUUCUUGCAAAUGUAGCCAAGACUCGUACUACAGCUACACUUUGGGUGACACUUUCUGCAUGCCCUCCAGCGACUGCGCGGCUGGCAUGACAACUUCUACCUCUACCAACGCAUACUGCGCAACGGCGACUGAUACCGCCUGCGAUAACUACCCCCUGGUGACCAGCGCCUGCAAGUGCGAGAACCCAACCCAGACAGCGGUUUUCCCCGACGAGGACGGUGCCCGUCCCACCGGUUGUGCAUGA